AUGUACCGCCUUCAGCGACGCAUGAUGACUUGGGAGUUCAAGUUCAUCAACCUCGACAAGGGCGAGCAUACCCAGGAGGGAGAUCCCCAGCACAUGAAGAACGUUUUCGUCACCGCUGACAACCUUGUCUCUCUUCUUCGCAAGCCUGAGUGGGUUGAGUUCAAGAUCAACCCUGCCAACAUGCAUUUUUCCAAGGAAAAGACCCGUGACAACUGCAAGCUCAUGUGUCUCCCUCAGGAGAUGAUUGACCAGAUCUGCAAGAACCUCGUCGACGAGGGCAACGGCGCUGCUGUCAUCUGCCUUGCACUCAGUAACUCUUACUUCUUUCGUCUCCUUGGUGGGGACCUACAGAAGAUGCUCGCUGGCAAUGCCGGUAAGUGGGCUGGUGAUCGCGUCGUCUUCGCCAGCGAUCUCGCUCGUGGCAUCGCCGAGAACAUCGGUACUGCCGAGGAGGAGGCUGAAUGGUGGGCCAACCGCUACACCUCUCUUGCUGAGCUCAAGACCACCGAGAUCAAGCCUACUAUCGACAAGAAAGUCCGUCUUCCCACGACUGCUCCUGAGAUCUUCGCUAUUCCUGGCGAGUUCAUCAUCGAUGCCAAGGCCAUCAUGAACAUGAAGCGUGAUCACAAGAGCAUCGCUCUUCUCGACAGUGUUCUUCUCAUGCUCCAGCAGCCUCUCGACGUGCCUUACCAGCAGAAGCCUCCCAUUCUUCGUAACCUUGACACCAAGCAGUUUGUCCGUGCUGAUGGCUGCGUUGGCCUUAAUUUCCGUGAGGCCAGUCUUGGAGAAGCCCUCAUGGCCUUCACCUGCUUCGUCGGCGACCACUCCUGGAAGCCCAACAGCCUCCGCUGGAUCGGAGAUCGCUUCGACAUUUCCCCUGCCAAGUCCAUCGAGGGCGAGGAAGGAUGGGUUGACGUCACUCGCCAGGCUACUGAUGGUAUCAAGUACAACGACAUCUCCCUUGCCGUCUGGCGUCAGUCGCUUGAUCGAUUCCUCCUCGUCGCUCGUCCCACUGCCUUCGCUGCUCGCAUGAAGGCCCUGGAUGACGAACGUGCUGCCGAAGAGGCUGCUCGCCGCGCCGCUGCCGGAGAGGUCAUUGAUGACAGCAGCAGUGGUUCCGUCCUCCUGAUCCAGCAGAACUAA